AAGAGAGAAUCACGGAGGGAAAAGCAGGGCCGAGAUUCUACGGUCGAACACCGAAUCCUUCAAAUCAGUCAGGGCGAAGCACAACUAGACCCUGACCGCCCGGCUUACCAUGCAGAGACGCUCCUGCGGCAAGCAAAGCAUCCAGACUCGACAACCAUUGGACCGAACGAACCACUCAGCAACGCAGUCACCGUCGCGGUCAUCGAAUCGUCAUUCUUGAGUUGGCUAGCUCCAACGCUAGAACUUUCUUAACGCAUCGCGACCCAUCGAAAAUCUACCCAACCUGCACGGCGGCUCCUUGAAUGAAACCCCGUCGCAUUUCAUCCGACCUUCGAUAAUCAACCCACCAUGUCCUUUGGCCCAGAUUACCACCUUCCUGGUGGCUACUUUGACACGGGCAAUAAUCCAUCACAAACCCUAAGCGCUGGCAUCUUCCGGCCGCCAGCAUCACCGGCCGACUCGAACCACAAUCUCGGCAAAUCCACCGGUAGCCUCUUCUCCGACAUAUCCAUGUCCAACGGGACAAGCCCCAUACAAACACCAGAACAAGCAAAUGCGAAGCGGAAACGUUUGGGAUUGGGUGUACGGGGAGGGACCCUGAACGAUCACAACAUGCAGGUGGAUGGUAUGAACGACGGAAAGGCAGAGACAACAGGGAUGGCGGAUGCGGGUCAGACAAGAUACAACUUGGCCGGCCAGCUGAAUGCUACCCCAACGGGCGGCACCGUUACGGUCAACGGUAGGCUGGAAGAGAGCAUGUACUCUGAUCUAGACUACAGGAGAGCCGCAGGCUCCAAGCGAGCCCAUGACGACCCCGAUGGUCCGUCGCCUCAGGUGGAGGGUCAGGUUGACCCUUCCACACAACAGCAGCACUCGGCGAACUCGUCGAAAUGGGGGUUCUUAGGCUUGCAAUCCAUAGGCCAAGUAAUGGGCAAGGUUUGGGAGUUUUGUAAAGGCGGAGCAUUUCGUGGCUUCCAAGCCGGAGGCGGCACAGGAUACGAGGUUAACGGUUCAACAGUUACCCCAUCUGUCCAGGCCACUGCCGUUGGCCAGCCGUGGGCUAGCGAGCAACAAGAACAUCCCAUUCAUUUUACCAUGGAGGCCGAUCAAGACACGUCGAUGCCUCCUCAGGAGACGGUGAUAACGCCCAUAUCACCUCCAGUGCAGGAAUUUGUGGCACCCCAGGAGUUUUCAUCCCCACUACCCCUUCCAGUGUCCGAUUAUAUGCCUUAUGCGCCCGAGUAUCACGAGACGAGCAAUCCAGACUCGUUGACCCGACCGGCCGUCAAACGGAGACAAGUAAGCGAGGCACAAGACGACCUCAACAGGAACUGGGUAGUGGUAGACGAGAACGGCAAUGGUGGCAGCCCAUCGCCUUCCCCUGUCUUGCCUAGCUUUGGCGCUGUGCCAUCAGGUCGGGCAACGCCCGGACUGAGACCUCCAUCUUCUUUACGGGCAAGGACGCCAGGAUUAUCCUCAAGUAAUGCCGCAAGACGUAUUACUGCUCCCUCACAGAGGUUUACUGGCGGUCCAUCUAUGCUUCCCCGGACGCGGGCUCCAUCAAGACUAUCGCAACAUACUGUGGCGCCUAGUGUGGGCGCCCAAGAACUCCCUAGUUUUGGCGCUCCAAGGUCACCACCUGUCAGGGACACGCCGACUCCUUCGUUUUCUACACCUACAACGACGGCAGCUCCCGUGAGCCGAAUACCCCUUCCAGCCUCCGCCGGUGGAGGGCCAGGAAGUGGAGGGGCUCGUCCCAGUUUUGGCGGUCUCAAUGCGGCCGUUUCCAACGGCCGACAAAGUCCUGCUGCUUUCAACGGCCGCCAAAGUCCUAGCUACGCAAACCCCACCCCCUUUGCAUUCUCCUCACCUGCAUACCAGUCCUCCUCCGCCUCGCGCCCCUCGAGUCGCCAGAGCGUUGGUUUUGGCAGCGGCGGCGGCGGCGGCGGCGGUGGUGGUGGUGGUAGCAGCACCACCAGGCGAAGUCUUCAAGCGCCCAUCCAGCUCUCUUCUCCCGCCAUCCCCAGACCUUCGUCUAGUUCAGCCGCCAAGGUCUUAAAAUCCCCCACCAACCACCGCCGCGGUGAAAGCAGCGGCGCUGCCGGUCCCAGUCACGGUUCCUCGUCAAGGCCUGGGUCGUCCAUGCGUAGGAGCAGAGGACUGAGUCUCCAUGGUGCUUAUAUCGAGGACGGACUGAAGGCCAGCCCUAGACUGGAUGGCGAGGCAAAGCAUCUUGCUAAGAAGAAGAUGGCUGCCGACAGGGAUGCGGAUGCGAAUAUUGAUGCGUUCAAUGAGAAGCUUUUGCAGAUGAUUCGGCAGGGGAAGGAGGCGCUGGGGACGAAGGUGGAGGUGCUUGAUGAUAGGGGCGGCGGUAAUGUCGUGUGGGAGGAAGAUGAGCUUUGAAAGCUUUGAAAAGGGGUUGAAGAAUGAAUGAGGUUGUGGUGAUACCCGGUGGUUGCGAGGUCAGAUGAGCUACGAUCAGUUGGAUAUGCUUCUCUGAUAUUGGCUCCCACCCAUGAGUGGGUUCAGGAGGUGGCGGCUCAGGCGGAAUUAUACUGAAUCUCAAGGAGAUUCACGG